CAGAGGAUAAUUCCCCAUUAUACAGAGAUAUUUAGCCUAAUAGAAGCCGACAGAUCAUUCAGGGCAGUAAUGUACUCCGGCUUCAAGCGUUUAGUUUCCUCAGCCUGAACUCUCAGAUUAAAGGCUCCUUGCCCGCGCCGCCCCACGACGAUGCCUGUGACCUUGACUGCAGUGAUGGGAGAUCCCAUGGCCAUGUCCUGGCUGCCCUGAGUCUGUGAGGCCACACAGUCCCCCACCUGCAUCUACAGGGCUCUGUCCCUGUGCAGCCCUUGGACCAACUUCCAAGCCCACUCCUCACCCCAGCCUGGGGACUCCUCAAGCUUCAGGACUCAGAGGGGCACAGUAGCAGUCACGUGCAUGCUGAGACCGCGACCGAUAGGCUGCUGCUCCCUGGGCCCCCAGAGGCUGAUCUGUUUGCCUCCCGGCGCCAUCUGACCCAGGAGUGACCAGCAGGGUUCACGGUGCCAGAAAGGCAGGAGCGACACAGUGCCCAUCAGCAGCUCUGGUGACCCCUGCAGACACAGCCCUGUCCGCACCCCUCGAUGACAGGGACCCCAUGGGGGUGUGAGACUGGGAGACUCGGGCCUGUGUGCUGGCUUGGGCAGGCAUCUUAGCCUCUCCAGGCCUCAGUUUCCCCCCCUUUCAGGACAGCCACAUGUAAAAGGUCCUCAGCCUCACUCCCGCGCCAGCCCCAGCUGCCGGCCCAAUUACGUAUCGAUCGCCUGUCAGGAUGUUUGCUUUUCUGGUGAGCGAGAGGAUGCUGGCGGGGGGUGCGAGGAGCAUGCCCAGCCCCCUCCUGGCCUGCUGGCAGCCCAUCCUCCUGCUGGUGCUGGGCUCGGUGCUGUCAGGCUCGGCCUCCGGCUGCCCGCCCCGCUGCGAGUGCUCGGCCCAGGAGCGGGCCGUGCUCUGUCACCGCAAGCGCUUCGUGGCGGUCCCUGAGGGCAUCCCCACCGAGACCCGCCUGCUGGACCUGGGCAAGAACCGCAUCAAGACACUCAACCAGGACGAGUUCGCCAGCUUCCCGCACCUGGAAGAGCUGGAGCUCAACGAGAACAUCGUGAGCGCUGUGGAGCCCGGCGCCUUCAACAACCUCUUCAGCCUGCGGACGCUGGGGCUGCGCAGCAACCGGCUGAAGCUCAUCCCCCUGGGCGUCUUCACGGGCCUCAGUAACCUGACCAAGCUGGACAUCAGCGAGAAUAAGAUCGUCAUCCUGCUGGACUACAUGUUCCAGGACCUGUACAACCUCAAGUCGCUGGAGGUCGGCGACAAUGACCUCGUCUACAUCUCCCACCGGGCCUUCAGCGGCCUCAACAGCCUGGAGCAGCUGACGCUGGAGAAAUGCAACCUGACCUCCAUCCCCACCGAGGCGCUGUCCCACCUGCACAGCCUUAUCGUCCUGAGGCUCCGGCACCUCAACAUCAACGCCAUUCGGGACUACUCCUUCAAGAGGUUGUACCGGCUCAAGGUCUUGGAGAUCUCCCACUGGCCCUAUUUGGACACCAUGACACCCAACUGCCUCUAUGGCCUCAAUCUGACCUCCCUGUCCAUCACCCACUGCAACCUGACUGCCGUGCCCUACCUGGCCGUGCGCCACCUGGUCUAUCUCCGCUUCCUCAACCUCUCCUACAAUCCCAUCAGCACCAUCGAGGGCUCCAUGUUGCAUGAGCUGCUGCGGCUGCAGGAGAUCCAGCUGGUGGGUGGGCAGCUGGCCGUGGUGGAGCCCUACGCCUUCCGCGGCCUCAACUACCUGCGCGUGCUCAACGUCUCGGGCAACCAGCUGACCACCCUGGAGGAGUCGGCCUUCCACUCGGUGGGCAACCUGGAGACGCUCAUCCUGGACUCCAACCCGCUGGCCUGCGACUGCCGGCUCCUGUGGGUGUUCCGGCGCCGCUGGCGGCUCAACUUCAACCGGCAGCAGCCCACGUGCGCCACGCCCGAGUUCGUCCAGGGCAAGGAGUUCAAGGACUUCCCCGACGUGCUCCUGCCCAACUACUUCACCUGCCGCCGCGCCCGCAUCCGGGACCGCAAGGCGCAGCAGGUGUUCGUGGACGAGGGCCACACGGUGCAGUUCGUGUGCCGGGCGGACGGUGACCCGCCGCCCGCCAUCCUCUGGCUCUCGCCCCGCAAGCACCUGGUUUCGGCCAAGAGCAAUGGGCGGCUCACAGUCUUCCCCGACGGCACGCUGGAGGUGCGCUACGCCCAGGUGCAGGACAACGGCACGUACCUGUGCAUCGCGGCCAACGCGGGCGGCAACGACUCGAUGCCGGCCCACCUGCACGUGCGCAGCUACUCGCCCGACUGGCCCCAUCAGCCCAACAAGACCUUCGCUUUCAUCUCCAACCAGCCGGGUGAGGGAGAGGCCAACAGCACCCGAGCCACCGUGCCUUUCCCCUUCGACAUCAAGACCCUCAUCAUCGCCACCACCAUGGGCUUCAUCUCUUUCCUGGGCGUCGUCCUCUUCUGCCUGGUGCUGUUGUUCCUCUGGAGCCGAGGCAAGGGCAACACGAAGCACAACAUCGAGAUCGAGUACGUGCCCCGCAAGUCGGACGCGGGCAUCAGCUCCGCCGACGCGCCCCGCAAGUUCAACAUGAAGAUGAUCUGAGGACGGGGCGGGGGGGGCAGGGACCCCCGGGGCAGGCCGGGCAGGGGAAGGGGCCUGGCCGCUGAGCGCUCGCUCCUCAGUCCUUCCCGCCGCUCCCCUGGCCCUCCACACACACCCCUGUUCCCUGCGGCUCCCCCCCACCCCCACCCCCUGCCGGCCCUCACCGCCUGCCCUCUGUCUACCAGGACCUCCGCAGGCCAGGCCUGGGGACCCCACCUGCACAGGGCCACACGUUGACAGACUGGAGUCGGAAGCCAACAGACCGACACGUGGCACAGUCAAUAAUUCAAUAAAAAAAAGUUACGAGCUUCCUCUGUAACUUGGGUUUCAAUAAUUAUGGAUUUUUAUGAAAACUUGAAAUAAUAAAAAGAGAAAAAAAAAACCUAUUUCCUAUAGCUAGUCGGAAUGCAAACUUUUGACGUCCUGAUUGCUCCAGGGCCCUCUUCCAACUCAGUUUCUUGUUUUUCUCUUCUUCCUCCCCCUCCUCCUCCUCCUUCUCUUCCUCCUUUCUCUUCUCUUCCCCUAUGGGGAGGGAUCACUCAGGAAAACAGGAAAGGAGGCUCCAGCCCCCCCUGCCCGGGCAGCUGACAGGAGCGGGCAGGGCGGCAGGUGUGGGCCCGGCUCCGGGCUGGCCGUCUGCAGGGAGCAGGUGGAGGAGACAGGGCUGCCUGGUGGGGGUGGGGGCUGGUGGCCAAGCCGCCGGAAAGCAGUACUGCUGGGGGUCGGGGGCCCGACUCGGGUGUGGCUGAGACUCUGGACAGGGGCUGGGGUCCUCCUGCAGGACGGCACAGUCAGUGCAGAGGGCCAGGGGCUGGAGGCAGGACCGAGGCCUAACUUCUGGUCCCAGCUCUGCCACUGACUUACUGUGUGGUUUCAGACAGGUCACUGACCCUCUCUGGGCCUCAGUCUCCACAUCUGUACAAAUGGAAACGUGACCCCCUGCCCUGCCUACCUCACAGGGCUGUUGUGAGGAAUUGAUGAGAUGAUGUAUGUGAAACACUUUGUAACCUGUAAAGCGCUGUGCACAUGUGUGGGUGACUGUU